AAGUUGGCUGUUCAAACAAAUUUGCCUGCGUACCACGUGUGUGAGUGGAAUCUGGAUUUUCAAGAGAAAUUACUGGAAAAUAUAGCUGAAAUGGCGUCCACUGAUGUGAUCAAACAAGGUCAAAAUGUGAUUUUGAAAAAGGGGAAGAGUUUAAGAUUGUAUCAGGUGUGGAGGAAAAGGAGAGUACAUUUGGACAAGAAGCAUUUCUUCCUGGAUGAAGCUAUCGGCAAACCAUAUGGGACAACAUGGGAUGUACACGGCCAAAAUGUUUGUCUGGUCACACCAGAUGAGGAGAGGGAUGAAGAUGUCAGAGAGGGUGGGACUGACAACCGUGGAAUAAAUGACGAUACGCGCUCACAGAAACUCAGUGAUGAGGACAUCAAGGCGCUCAAGAGCAAAGGCCAGCACGGAGCGGCAAUUGUGGAACAGCUUGUUGAGAACAGCACCAGUUUCAAGGAGAAGACGGUUUACUCUCAAGCAAAGUAUCUCAAGAAGAAACGAGACAAGCAUCUCAUGAGGUUCCAGAUUCUCAGGCCUAAUACCAUUCUGCUGUGUGAGAUGUACUUGAUGAGAGCUCCGUCCAAAAACAUUCACCUGCGUAUCGAUACGCUGGCCCAGAUUUUGACUGCCGCCAACAUCCAGAGUGGUAUCAACGUCAUGAUGAUGGAGACGUGCCAAGGGUUACUGCUAGGGGCAAUCAUGGAGAGAAUGGCAGGUAAAGGCACUGUUGUUCAGAUCCACUCAGAGAGCGCACCAGUACGGCUGGCUGUCGAGGCUUAUAAUUUCCCUUCAAGUUACAAAGAUACCUUGCAUGCAUUCCCAUUGGACCAACUCGGUUUUCUCGAACCAAAGGAAUCUGUCGAGAGUAACAAUCCCGAACAAAGCACCAGCGAAGUCAGCGACAGGCUUCAGGCUUGCAAAACAGAGGAACCGCAGGCAACAAAUGGGAAGAGUGUCGAAUCGAAAGACUGCCCUCAAUGUUCAGAAAGCGAUGCGAAAGAAAGGAGCGUGGGCCACCGGACUCAGAAAGAAGAGGAAAGAUCAAACGGCGAGGAGGAAAAUGACUCCAAUGUGGAGGACUGUGAUGCCGCUGCAGAUGAUGCGGGCAUGGUUGCCAUGGAAGCAGACUGUCAGUCGGGAGAGGGAGGCACGCAGGGUCAGAAGAGGAAAUUUCAAGUGAAUCCCGAGAAGGAAGCCAGGAAGCAAAGACGAAGGGAGAGUCUGUGUAGAGUCCGAGAUCUCCUUCACAACACCAAGAUGGAUGUCUUAGUGAUGGCAUGCAGAUUUCAACCUCUUCCGAUCUUCACAGCGCUUUUCAAGUUCCUAGCACCAUCCCGGCCAUUUGUGGUCUACUGUCAUUACAUUGAGCCUUUGAUGGAAUGCAACGAAUGGCUGAGAAACUGCAACAAUGCUGUCAACAUCAGAGUCACAGAGACGUGGCUGAGGGAGUAUCAGGUACUUCCCGAAAGGACCCAUCCCAACGUCAACAUGAGCGGAACUGGUGGCUAUUUACUGACGGGAACUACAGUUUCAAAUGAAACCUAAACCCAGAAAAGGGACCGCAUCCUUCGGGCUGAUGCUGAAUAAGACAUAUGCUGAGUAAAUGUAUU